AUGAGCGAAAGUUCCGGGAAAGAAACAGAACCAGUGAACAACAACGCUGAUAUGGCGAAUGUACAAGCCGGCGCUUUGCCCUACACCAUUUGUACCGGACAGUGACCCCGCAUCUACCGGACCCCGUUGGACAAAAUUGGGUUAACCCGUUUUGAAAACUUCUUAACAGCAAUGAAUGUAACCGAGCCCAAACGAAAGCGUGCACUACUGCUCCAUUACAUUGGUGAAGUAGCAUAUGAUAUUUUUUAUACCUAUACACGAGACGGGAGAGGACCAGGGGCGGAUCUAGGGGUGAUCAGAGCGAUCACGCGACUAAGGUAAAAAUUGGGCAGAAAGUUGUUAAAUUAAAAUAGCAGUCCAGUUAUCAAACUUCGCGCAGUGUAUUGUAUUGAAAGUUUAACAGUCCAGUUCUAAGAUAUCAUCCAGUAGCAAGGCCUUCGAACAUGAACGCGCAGAAAAGCGGUCUUACGCAUGAGUUUUGCACGCUCUGAGUCAGAUUCCAGCCAUCUGAUUGGCUAUCUCGAUUUUUGCGCGAUCUGUGGGGAGUUCUGAUCGCUAAAGCGAUCAGGGGCUCGAAUACAGGCUAUCCGAUUGGCUAAUUCAAAAAAUCCUCAAUUCCCGUUGGCUGGAUUUUUUUGAUCGAUCAUACCGUUCAGGCUAAUAGUAUGCACGGAAAGGUCUAUGACGUUGCUGGAUCUUUCUGAUCAAGCAGCAGUAUUUAUGUAAAAUUGACUGAAAUAUUAUGUAAAUUUCGUCUCUUAUUAUUAUACGCGUACCCGCCGAUUUUAUAGCAUGUGCGUGUUAUGGCAAUCGGAAAAUUUAUCAGAAGUUCUAAACUAAUACUAGCCAUGUCUGUUGGUAUUUACGAAACCGCAAAGGCUGCUUUAGAGAAAGAUGAUCGACAAUAUCUUAACAAUAUUUUAAAGAUAUGUAACCGAAGCGUUCCAUUAAAGACUUAUUGUGCGCUGUGAACAACACAUAGCAUCAUAGCUGUUGUAGGCUGUAGUGAUUGCGCGUCUGUACGUAGUAAGAGAUGAAAUUUACAUAAUAUUUCGGUCAAUUUACAUAAUACUGCGGCUUAAUACAAGCAGUUUCAGUUUGUUUAUACUUUGUUUAUGCCUCUUGUGGAAUGUGGGCUUUAUAUAUUGAUCAGAUACUUAAUAAUACUGUAUUAUUUAUGCCUAGUUGUCUAGUAUAUUAAAACUACAAACACAUGACAAUGUGGCAUGGCUUUGUGUAAUACGAUCUCUGUGAAUACUUAUUCAUGGCACAUGUUUCUGCUAUGAAUAAAACUCGAGAAGCAGUGAUUUAAACGUGGAAAUUCUAUUCCUGAGAAUUAACAAUCAAUCAAAUGUUUUAUAAAACUACAUCGCUAUAUGGAGUUAUGUGUUUCCUAGGCAUGCUGACGAGCCCUGAAUUGGGCGAAACAGUAAUUUUUCACGUAACAUUUUUUCGUAAAACUGGAUACAAAUUAAUUCGCUUUGCGACCCCCCCCCCCGUUAAAAGAACACCCCCCCCCUCGAUGUUCAGCAACGAAAUUUUUGACUAACGUACGAAAAAUCCUAGAUCCGCCCCUGAAUUAUCCGUUCGUGUUUCAAGAUCCGCCAAUGUAUCUCAAUACUAAUCGUAAUCAUAGCCGACAGAAGCCUCUGCAGAGGAGAGAGAUCUAAUGACAUGUUGUUGUUUGUAGAAAAUUACAGCAAGAGCAAGAUAAACUCGCUGAGAGUAAGAACAAAAUAACAGCGGAUCUUGAACGAUUACUAAACCAACGAGAGGUUCUUAUACUAUACGUAUAAAUAUCUGCUUCCUGUUCUACCUUUGUGAACAUACAUUAAUUAACCAUAAUUCUAAAAAUCUUUCUACCAAAGUACAGUCGCAAACAUCGUCCAUGCAAUGAAACACAUUAGGGCAUUAUAUUGACGGACAAAAAUGUAUUUUUGUAAAUUUCAGGAAUUGGGAGUUAUAAAGAAUGUUGUGCUAAAUUUAAGAUCUCGUGGUAAAGAACCUCCAAGCACUGAAACACGGACAUCUUCAGGCAAAAUGACAUCAUCAAAACAUCUUCCUCAUUCUAUACCUCCUUCGACACAAUUUGUAAGUAGCCACAGUUUUAUAUUAUGCGUUUAACAAAUACAUGUGUAAACAGGUGGAUUAUUCAAAGUAUGAUGAAUCCAAGAAAGCUGCGUCUUUUUGUUUCAUCCCUCCCCUAACUUAAGAAGACAAUUAUUUCAUAAAAUGACUAGGCAUUUUCCCACUUUCUACUCAAUUGUUCUACUGAUUAUGCAUCAAGAUUGAGGAGGAUGUUAAAAUGGAGGAUGUUAAAAUGGAAAUUGAUUCCCCGAGUUUCGACUUGAAUUAAAAACCUGGUUUUAGAUAUGGAUUUGGUUCAUCUGUGAAUUUCAAUAGACAAUAGGUCGAGUGUAGCCUCCUCCGCAGGCAUCUCUAUGGGUUUUAGCCUGCGAAUGGGUGUUGAAAUACUCUGGUGAGAUGCCUGCGGAGGAGGCUAAGGUCGAGUCUAUACGAGGCCACGAAUUUAGUUUGCUCAACAUAUAGUGAUUACCUCGUUGAAUUAGUAACCACAUAAAGGUUUGAUUCGUUCAAACUUCUGAUUAGUUCAAAGAGUUUCUGAUUAGAACCACAAAGUCAAAAAUGACGAGGAGAGUUUCGCACGGCUGAUGAAUAUUCCUCUUUACUAACUUUAAAUAUUCCUCCUCUCAUAAAAGUCCCAUGUUUGUUCCUCGCGAAUUAAAAAACAACUUUCUUGUUGUAGACGAAACAAGACACGCCAUUAUGGUACAAUAAACUGAAACACAAAUACUCAAAAUCAGACGGAUGA